AUGCCUACAAGAAUGCCUACAAGACCGCAGAUAAAGGAACCCCUCAUAUUGUUCAUCUUCAUUGUAGUUUUGAUAUUUGCACUCAAACCCCCAACACAUACUAUAUCAACAUUAAGUCCACUAGAGCGUCGAGCUGCUGUGUUGCGUAGACAAGAUCCUCAAGUCUCUGGUUGUGGAGGUGAUUGCCCUGCAAGCCCUGUUGUACCAGAAACAUCAUCAUCAACAAAACCAACUACGACAGUAACUGCUGCUUCGAACGAGAUUCUUGUUACUACAACUGAAACGAUAACCACAACAAUUGUUUCUGUUAUUCCUGCAACAACGUCAACAGUAAUGACUACCAAUGCUGAUGGUCAGGUUACUAUAACUGAGGUGUAUGUUCCGCCGAGGACUACAACUGAGGUCAAAGUUGUUACAGGUGUUCGAACAUAUGCCACACCAAAUCCACAACUACAACAGAAGGGAGAGGCAAUAAGAUUGGGCGGAAUACUAUGGACAACAGUGAUAGUUGGAUUUGUCUCGUUUUUCGUCGUCCUUCUUGCUAUGUAA